AUGGUGAAAAUCUACCUCGCCGUCAGCUCCGACAGCGGCGUCUUUAAACACUGGGGCAUCUUCCUCGACGAACCCCAAGAAUCGGACAAAAUCGUACUCCAAGUCAGAGGCAGCGAUGGUCGGUUUCGCUACGAGCCUGAACCCGGGAAUGCGCGGCGCUUGGUCGGUCUAGAGGAGUUGGUUUAUUUGUUUGAUGUUGAAGAUUCCAAAACGGGUAUUGUAAGGGCUAUUGCGAGGGAGCUUCCUGUUCGGAGUGAGGUUCAUGGGUGGAAUUGUCAGGAUUGGGUAUUGGAUUUUUUGGAGAAAUUGGAGGAGGAGGGGAUUGUUAGUAAGACGGAUAUGGGGUAUGAGGGGAGGAAGGAUUAUGUGAGAGGGCAGUUGGAGGGACUCGUGUAG